AGGGUUACUUUCGGUCAUUCCAGGUGGCAAUAUGGAAGGGAGCUUUCCGAAACGGCAUCUUGCUCAGGAUAAAACAUCGGUUAGAACAAGAACUUGACCAUCGCCGCUUUCUUCAACGAUAGGACAGUAACCAUAGAGUAGGAAGAUGUCCACGGUGAAGUUUUGGACCAUCUAGGCGGUUGGGAUAGUAGAAAAACAUCGCAGAGAAGUGAUCGUCGAGGGACAGAGAACAAAAAUGGAGGCAGAUACUGAUCGAUUGACGGAGCGGCGAGACUCGCAUGACUCCAGCCCUCGGGCUAACAUGUACAUUGUUUACAUACAAUGCUACUUUGUGACAAUUGCAACCAUUCUGGGUACAGGAAUUCUAGGUCUCCCGGUGACGCUAUCCCACUCUGGACUGUACCCAUUCCUGGUGUCCUUUCUCAUAGGAUUUCUUGUACAGUGCUUGCUGGUGUAUUUCUUUGUGGAGAUCCUACAGAGAGCAUAUGCAGCUCAGGAGCAAAUAUCCAAGUGGGGUGGUUGCUUCUGGACAGAGAAAGACCCUCUGUUAUCCAAAUCCAGCAAGAUUCAUCCACUGCAUGUUGUGGCACGGGUGAAGGGGGCGACGUUGAGCCAUGAGCACAUCCCACUUCAGGAGGAGGAGGAUGAAGCUGAUGAAAAGGAGAUAACUGAAACAGACGGCAUGCUAGUGGCAGGUCAUGUGAUCCUGCCCGACCAAUCGGCUAUCAGACCGCCAAACCUGCACUUGCUGGGAACGCUAUUCCUGCCCUGCGGCACCAGACAGAUGUUUGAUAUUGUUGUCUUCCUAAACUUCAUCUCAAUUCUGAUCAGCUAUGCCCUGGCUGGAAGCGAGGCCUAUGCUCAGAUGUUUGGAGUCCCACAUUUCUAUGUGAUCCCAGGGUUCGUGUGGAUCCUGACAUUUGCCAUCGUGUUCACCCAAACCCUGAUGCAGCCCGUCAUCUCUCUCUUCACACUGGUCAAGGGCAGUCUGCUCAUUGCCACAGUGGUGGUGACUUUCUUUGUUGGAGCUGAGGUGUCCCUGGCCAUCAAGGAUGACUUCAACUACAUCGGAGCACCCUUCCUCAUGGGGACAGUCGCACUUGGAGGAGUGGUGAAUGUAAUGCCGAUGCUGUACCACAAGAUAUCACCAGUUACCACUCAGGUGAAGCACUUUCGAGGAGCAGUGGUAGCCGGGAUCUCUACCUGUACUGUUCUGAAUGUUCUGUGGUGCUGGGCAGUUCUACACAUUGUCCCCCAGUUGCCAUGCAGCCCAAUGUCCAUUGUAGAGAACACUACAUCCUCUCCAACAAUUACUCCAAUCAGUGUUGUGACCACUGUAUCAACCAGUGCUCCGGUCAGUCCAGCAUGUGCACAUAACCUCUCACUAGAAAGAUCAGCAGAAAAUGGAGAAAUUGCAACCCUUCCUCUUACAGAAAUAAUCCAGACCAUGCACCCUGAGUUCUCCUGGGUGGCCAUCCUGGUGCAGUUGUUCAUCAUGAUCAGUAUUACUGUCUCCUACCUCACCCUGGGGUCAGCCAUGCACCAUACAGUUGUUGGCUGGGUGGAAGGUUCAUGGAAUGAGCCUGGUAUCUGCAGAUAUGCACCCAUCUUUGAGGGCAUCUCCAAAUGCUGCACUCCCAAAUGUAUCUGCCAGUCACUGAUCUCCAUCUUCAUAUUUGCCAUUGUCUUCACUGUGGCAAUGUUAGACCCACAGGGUUUUGUUCAGAUCCUGGACAGAGGCACGUCACUCUUCAUCAAUCUGGAGUGUGGGAUCUUCAUCUUUCUCAUGGUGCGCAACGCCAGAUCAGGGAACUUCAGCACCCUGGACAUUCCACUGGAAACUCCGUGGCUGCUGUACCAUCUCCACUGGCUGGUGGCGCUCUACUUUACCUUCGCUGUCGGCUAUGACAUCGUAGACUCCAUAUACGUAACAGCCACGUAGUGGUAACGUCAGCGUGUAAAAAAAUAGCCAUGUG